UGGACCCGCCCAAGGGCCCCCUUCAAAGCCGCCGGCCGGGCCGACAUUCGUAGUAGCCAACACCGGGAUCCUCGGAGACCCAAACUGGAUCGACGACAGGCUAGACGAGACGGGAGAUUUGGCGAAGCCGAGCAUGUCGGUGAUCGAUUUUGAUAUUGUCGGCGUGGGCAUUUGCGUCUAGCUGGCUAUCAGUUACAUGCGUAGACAAAGUUCUGGGGGAAGGAUCGCUCUCGUUGCUAGUGAAAUCGUGUACGAGCCUGGAAUGAAGGUGGCGCUCUAUUCUUCUUCGAAGUUUGCAGCGCUUUGAAUCUUCUUUUUCUUCUCCGUCUCCUCUAGCUCCUUGGCUGCAGGUGUAUGCAGAGUUGAUUGGAUGGUACAGGCUAUGGGAAUGUUGAGGAGCCUAGGGCAAUCUCUCAUCAACGCAGAUAUCACCAUCACGCUGUCUCUCCAGGUGUCAUGUCCACUCAACUUGUCAAUUCCUUCAAGCCAACUUUCGCAAGAACGUGCCCAUGGGUACUCCCCACGAGGUCGGUCUCGCCAUCGUGUGCUCUGCUGGUGCCAGGGAGAAAUCACGUACCCCAAUUCCCGGAACAUUCCCCGAGGAUGUGGUGAGCGAGCAACCCAGACGCUGGAACCGGAGGAUGGUUCAUGCCUGGAAGGGAACGCUCACGGAGACGGAAGAGCCAUUUUUGACGCUGAACAAUAUGUGGGUUGGA